GUCUCGUAGCUAGGAUCAUGCAGCAGGGAUGUGUGGGUUGUAUUUGGAGUUGGUGGCUAAAAAUGGGAGAUAAAAGGGAGACAGAGAUGUGGUGGUAGUUGAAUGGCGCUACGGAAGAUGCGCAUGAUGCCUUCUUCCCUCCCUCAUUCUCGCUCGCCCCCAUUCCACCUUCGACGACCCCUUUCUCCUUCUCCCUCCUCAAUCACCUGCAGCGAAAAGGAAAAGGGUGUCAGACCGUAACUAAGAGCUAUUUAGCAAUAAUACAUACAUAGCUAUACCCUCUUUAGGUCAAGAGGGUGGAGUUCUCCUUAUUCGGAGGAAGAGCUCCAUCCUCAUUCUACAAGACCAAACCAAUAAAUGGCCUCUAGCCCACAGUCCUCGCCAUCAUCCUCCAAGAAGUCGCCGCCACCACAAGAAGCAUCAGCUUUGGCGCCAAAAUCAUCUUCAAAGUCACCCUCGCCACCAAAGGGUGAAUCAAAUUCAUCUCCCAGUCCCCCAUCGAAAUCGUCCCUGUCACCACCGCCACGACCAAAGAAAAGUGCUAGUACAUCUAGCUCUAAAGAUGGGAAGACGAAGAAGUCGUCUUCAUCGUCUUCAUCGUCGGAUAAUACAGCCGCUGUGAUCACCGGCGUGGUGCUUGGGGUGGUGGGCUUCGCUCUGCUCUUGUCCAUCGUGGCGUGCGUGUGCUGCGCCAAGAAGAAGAAGAAACGUCCGCCCCCAAUGAACAUGCCCUUCUACACCGACGAGAAAGGCAAUGUGUAUUACCCCAACGCUGGUCUGCCGCCUAUGUGGCAGCAAUAUGGCAGCAACGGCAGCAUCCCUCCGCCGGGAUGGCACCAUCACGGCGGCGGGAACCCGCUGUCGCCAUCGCUGGGCUCGAUGGCGGCGCCCCUGAGCGGCGAGAUGUACUCGUCCGGCCCCCACGGGCCUCCCCUCCCCCCACCUUCGCCGAACGUGGCGCUGGGGUUCUCCAAGAGCUCCUUCUCGUACGAGGAGCUAGCGGCAGCGACGUCGGGCUUCUCGUCGGCGAACCUGCUGGGGCAGGGCGGGUUCGGGUACGUGUACAAGGGCGUGCUCGCCGGCAGCGGGAAGGAGGUGGCGGUGAAGCAGCUCAAGUCCGGGAGCGGGCAGGGGGAGCGCGAGUUCCAGGCGGAGGUGGAGAUCAUCAGCCGCGUGCACCACCGUCACCUGGUGUCGCUCGUGGGCUACUGCAUCGCGGGCAACCAGCGCAUGCUCGUCUACGAGUUCGUGGCCAACAACACGCUGGAGCACCAUCUGUACGCCAAGGACGGCCCUGUCAUGGACUGGAGCACCCGCAUGAAGAUCGCGCUCGGCUCCGCCAAGGGCCUCGCCUACCUCCACGAGGACUGCCAUCCUCGGAUCAUCCACCGCGACAUCAAGGCCGCCAACAUCCUGCUGGACAACAACUUCGAGGCCAUGGUGGCGGACUUCGGGCUGGCCAAGCUCACGACGGACACCAACACGCACGUCUCCACGCGCGUCAUGGGCACCUUCGGCUACCUGGCGCCGGAGUACGCGUCCAGCGGCAAGCUCACGGACAGGUCGGACGUCUUCUCCUUCGGCGUCAUGCUGCUGGAGCUGCUCACGGGGCGCCGCCCCAUCGAUACCACCAACUACAUGGAGGACAGCCUCGUGGACUGGGCGCGCCCGCUGCUGAGCGCCGCGCUGGCGGGGGAGACGGGCUUCGCCGAGCUCGUCGACCCCCGUCUGGGAGGCGAGUACUCCGUCGUCGAGGUGGAGCGCUUGGCGGCCUGCGCCGCCGCCAGCACCCGCCACUCGGCCAAGCGCCGCCCCAAGAUGAGCCAGAUCGUGCGCGCGCUGGAGGGCGACGCAUCGCUGGAGGAUCUGCACCAGGACGGCGGCAAGCCCGGGCAGAGCGUGCUCUUCUCCGGCGGUGGCUCCGACAACAUCUCCCGCCUAAGGCAGCUCGCCUUCGACAGCGGCGACUACUCGGACUACAGCACCGACUCCUCCACCGGUGGUGGUGGCCGACCGCCGCGCAGGCCAUGAUGAUUUAUCAACUUGACAACUUAUUACUAGCACAAAUUGAAGCUACAGUCUAUACACACAUGCAAAUUAGAUUGAGCGAGGGAGAUCGAGAGAGAGCUCUUAACUAAUUUGAGGGCGAUCUAUAGUUAAGCUAUGGCAGCAAGUGGCGAUCGAUGUGGAGAUCCAUGGUUCAUGUAAUUAUAUUAUUGCUGUGCUUGUGAUAUACACAUGCAUGGAUUUUUACUGGACUGGAUCCUCGAUGGUUAUACGUACGUACGUACGCAGGAUCAAAGGCGGAACUCAUACCCUCUUCCA